UGAAAAUACUCUCCUGAUAAUAGUAUCGUUCUAAUGGUAUACGCGCGUGGAUAUGUAUAAAACUCUCCUAUAUAUAGUUCAAAAUAGUUCAAAUAUUUAUCGUCCUUUGAUCAUACACAAUAUUCUGAAUUGAUUAUAUGUAGAAUAUAAUUUAGUAAAAAAUGUUAAAAAACAUACGGAUUUUUACAACGUCUUAUAUAGUGUGUAGGUCCAUUUGUUCGAGUAGUAGAAUUUACAAAAGUUAUGUAGCAAGAGAAAGUAAAUUUAUGACUAGGUUACUCAAUAAAAGUGAACCUAAAAGAAAGUGGUAUAAUAAUAAUAAUAAUAAUACAUCAGCUUUGGAUCUUUAUAUAAGUUCUCAGAAGAAACAACCCUCAAUAUAUGUAAAGAGAAGGAUAGAUAUACUUAACAAAUUGUUUAUGAAACAUAUAACCGAGUUAAUAUCAACUAGUGAAACUGCAUCAGAAUUGUUCGACCGUGGUGUUGAAGUAACAUACGUGAGUAUGACUUUAGAUUAUAAAAUUCUUAAUGUAUUUUGGACAGUUGAAAAGGAAAACGAUAAAAAUUGGCUAACAACAACCGAAAAAGUGUUGCAAAAAUAUUCAUUUAUUUUACGUCAUGAACUAUCACAACUCCGUGUCAUCAAUUAUGUUCCUAUUAUAAACUUCGUGAAAGAUAUAAUGGUUUCUAGAACAAAAGAUAUUGAAAAAAGAUUUGCAAUGCUUGACUUUGAUAAAGAUCAUAUAAAAACUGAUGAUAAAACUAUACAAUCAAAUAUUACUAAUGAUGAUAUAACUCAUAAUUUUCAAAUUAUAUUACCACAAAUGAGGAAUGACGUUCUAGGAUUGGAUCACCAUGGAAUCAUGUUAAAGAUUAAAAAUUCUAUGUAUAAAUUAAAAAGUCAAAGCAAAGACAACAUAUCUAAUACACAAUCAGAACAAACAGUGCAUCCUUUGUCUACUUCUCUUGAUAAUAAAGAUAUUCUUAAAUACAAAAAUCAGCAAGAAUUACUUAUUAAAUUCUUGAAGAAGAGAAAGAUAGAAGAAAGACGAAAAUAUAAUUUGAAAAACGUUAAAAAAAUGGUAAAAAAUCCAUUUUUAACACAUGAUGAUGAUAAUGACGAUGAUAAUGAUGAUAGAAAUACAGAAAUAUUCUGUGAUGACAACUUUGAAAAUACCUAUAAUGAAAUCGAUGAAUAUAAUGAUUUUGAAAAAUAAAAAUUUUAAUAAAAAAUAAUAAUCAAUAAAUUAAUUGAUAUGUUCUUUUAUUAUUUUAUAUAAAUAUAAUACUUAAGUAGAACAUUUUAGUUAUUUAUACACAAUAAUUUAAUUACAUUAUAUAAAUCUGUUAAUCAACUAUUGUACAAUCAAAGAAUACGAAAAUCUUAGUACCUAAUAAUCUUAGAAUAUUUUAAUUGCUUUAAUUGUACUUUAAUUAAUAUUGUUAAAAUUAAUUCUUUUUUGUUAGAAAAUUUCAAUUGAUAGAAAUUGCUACGCAAUAGAUAACAUAAAAAACAUUUAAUGAAAUAAAUGUUAUCAAUAUAUUACACAUGGAUAGAAAUUAUCUUAUUCAGAGAACUUUUAAUUCCUCCUUUUGAUCUUUUAAGAAGAUGAAAAUCAAAAUUAAGUUACAAUUCAUUUUUUAUCUAAACAUAUUGUCAAAAUUGAAAAAUAACCAUCAAAAUAAGUCAGAUACAUUAACACUGCUUUAAUACGGAAGUAUAAUUAAAGAAAUUUUUGAAAAAUAGUAUUUUAAUGUAACUUUAAAAAUAUCCUAUUUUUACUCGAAUGAUAUAACUGUUAUAAUAACAUUCAAAUGCUGACCACUAUAUAAUAUUUGCACAUUUUUUUCUUAAAUAUUACAUGUUAAUACAUGCAAGUCAUGUACAAUUCAUAUAUGCAUAUGUGUACAUAAAAUCAUAAAAUUCUAUUUUAUAAAAUAAUAAAAUAUACAUUAACUAGACCUUGGCCGUUGUGCAUCUAAUUCUUGUUCUUCAUCUACUCUUUGAGGUUCAGACGUAUUAUUUUCAAUCUUCAACAAAUCAUUAUUUUCUAUUGCGUAUUUUGAACUUGUAUGUAUAUGCGAAUUUGAUAAGGACUGAGUUGAAUCGCUUAAAGUACACGCUUCCAAUACGUAUUUGUUAAAAAUGUCACUUUUAUCAGCAUAAACAUGAUGUCCUGCUCCUGUUAUAACUUGUACAUUGACAUAUGAUGACAAACGAGAUUGUUUGAUAGCUUCGCCAGCCGAAUUAUCUACCCAAGAACGGCUACCGUAUAAUAAUGUUAUCGGAAUUUCUGGAUUUAAUUUAUCCAUUCGUUUCACAAUAGGAUGCUUUGCCCAACCAAAACCUUGCAUCAUAGCAUGAAAAGCACUUUCACCACUAAAGAGUUAAAAAAUGAUAAUUAUUUAAUAAUUAUUACAUUGGUAAAUAUGGAUUUUUAUAAAAAACUUACGAUGGAGUUUGGGCAUUACAUUGAUGUAUAUAUUGUGAAAUUACUCCUGUAUCGUCUUUCAAUAAUGAAGAAAAUUUCUUAACUAUGUCUGGCCUAGUUUUUUCAAUAAGCCAUUGUCCUGAAAUACAAGAAGUGAUUAGGUUAAUAUUUGUAUACUUUAUAAGUAAGGGAUACUAACCAAAUGGACCUGCGACUCUUACUGCCCAUAGAGGAUUUAAGGGCUGUACUACAAAAGCUAUGGCUUUAACCCAAAGAGGAACAUUUGCUUUUAUUGCUACUUCUGAAGGUCUCUCUGGAAAUCCCCACGGAUCCGCAAGAAUCAAGUGCUUUACUCUUUCUGGAUGUUGCAUAGUAUAGGAUGCAGCAAGGAAACCACCCAUUGAAUGUCCUAACAAUACAAAUUUUUCUAAUUGCAUUUCUCUCCUCCAUUCUUCAAUAGAACGAACUAAUUGUUCCUCGGCUUCUUUUGCUUCUGAGCUAAAGACUGGCCUACUACUCCUACCAAAACCU